GGGGCCAUGGGGGGGAAUAUGGAUGAAUCUAAGGAACCUUUGGUCAUUCUGAAAGAUUCCAUUUAGAGGAAUGUUCAAGAAGAUCAACAAUGUUUUCCGUCCCAACCAUCAUGGACACAAAACAGGAGAUGGUGGAGGCCUCCGAACCGAGCAGGACUACCACAGCGCUUGCACGAUCAGGCUGGUGCGCAGCACCUCCAUGCUCGUGGUGGGAGAGAAGAGCCACACAUCCCUGAGCUCCACUUUAAAACGGAGCAAAAGCACCGUGAGCAUCGAGUCCACUCUGUACUACUACCACAGGCAAGAAGACAGGAUCUGGCUGUACUCUCAGAAGCAGAACUGUCUGGAGUACCUGGAGGCACUCGUGGCUUUGAGGCGACAAUACACGAAGAGUGUGACAGAUCUGAAGAGUAGUGACCCCAAGGUCACCACCUCCUCCAAAAAGAAGCCGACGCCGCCUCCGCCCUCAAAGGAACAAGUGAUCAAACCAUCUGGCGCUGACAUCCCCUCUGAGGAGGAAACGUUACAGUUCUUUGAUAAUGUCAUCGCCAGCUGUGACAGUGAGCUGAUGCACAAACCCUUUAAAGAUGACGGUCACGCUGACGUGGACUUCAUAGUGGCCUCCAGUUCCACUGAGCAUGACCUCCACUCCAACUGGGUUCUGCGAGUUCCUCGGGUCACUGAUGAUUCCAAGGACAGUGAGGUUAAUGUCGGUGCCAAUAAACACGCCCUGAAGAACCACAGCGGGUCCACAAAAAGCAGAAUGAGGCUGCAGAGGAACCCAAUCCACCUGCCCAAAGUGGUGCAGAGCGCAUUCCAGACACUACGCAUCAAACGCAAAUGAAAAACA